CUAUCCGACAAGACGCGCGCAGUUUCUUCGAGAUUUUUUGUUAAUUUUCGUUAACAAAUCGCGGUUUUAACACAUGCAGGAGGCGCUAGAACGUAGCCGGGCAAUCGUUGCCCAAGUGGAGGCGUACCAAUCCGCCCAAGUGGAGAAGUUAAGAGCCAAAAACGCCGUUGUAAUUCAUGGCGUCACUAAUGGGCUUUACAGCCAUGUAGGGUUAGAGAAGCAAAUCCGGCGCCUUGUAGCUGCCGGUGUGGAAGUGAAGCUGGCAGGAGCAAACGAAAUCGUGCUCGAUUGGUCGUUUAAUGGCACUUCCAUCCAUUGCGGCCAAAAAAUGCGAAAUCUGUGGUCGAUUAUUUGCCGCUUAGUGAACACAAACGUGUUAUUUGAAGUAGGGUUUUUCCUGGGCACACCCCCACACCCAGACGCGCUGCAGUGGUUUUAUGAAGAAGCCACGAAAAUGUGCACCACGGGAAUAACUCUUGAAGGCGAGAAUGUGCCACUUUCCUUUCGUAACGAGAUCGCAGAUAGUCAAGCGCAAACGGUGACGGCAGGCCUCCAAUACAAUAUUUGUCAUUUUGGUUGUGACCAAAGCGGCAGGGUACUAGGCAGAAUGAUGUUCCCCAUUUCAUUACCGCAACAGCGUGAUUUGGAGGCUACACUGCAUACAGAUGGCAUCGGGGCAAAUGUCUUUAUUUGCGAACCACUCAAUUUUAUUUUUGAUGAUAUUUUUUUUGAUAUCAUGAAACAUUUCAGUGCACAUUCAAAGCAUUGUCAAAAGGUCAUUAUGUUUAAAAAACUAGUACAAAUGCUCCCUACCGAAGUAGAUGUGAGCAGUUUUUUGGAAAUCAAAACGAUCCGCGAGUUGAAUAGUGCUUAUAACGAGCUGAUUUUUUUUACGGCAAUUUUGUCGUUUCAGAUAAUGUACAUAAGGGAGCAUUUUGAUUUGUUUUUAAAAUUUUGGACGGCGAUUUUUAUUCUUUCGGACGAACUACACAUGAAUUCUAUAAAUGAGGCGCGGGAUUUGUUGAGUAGUUUUGUGGCGGAAUUUUGGAAUUUGUUCCAAAGAACAUACCUGGACGAUGACAAAAGUAUUCCUGCUACAACUCUCCAAUGGCAUAUGUUACUUCAUUUAGCCGACGAAGUGUUCAUGAAGGGGAACUUACGGCAAAAUUCUAGUGCACCGUAUGACAAACGCAUCCUGCAAUGGAAGAAUUUUGGUCAGAAUAAAGCACAGGAAGAAGUGCUACAAAAUGUCGUCACCGAAAGCAUGACCAGUAUACUGGUUCCAAAAGAAGAGACUAUAGAGGCAGACAAUAUAGUACAAAUCGGCAAUUUCCGGGUUAAUACUAGGAGAAUGUUCGAUCGAUGGCUCUUCACAAAGGACAAAGAAUUGAUAGAAGUUAAAACUAUUCACGACUCGAAGCAGUUCUUAGUUGUUAAGAAGGCUGAUAAAGCAGCAGCAGCCACCUUUAGCAGCUCUAUACACCCAAUAUGGGAGAAAUUGUAUGUAUUUUUCUAUGAUAGUAGCACAAUUCCCAUGGAAAACGGUCUCAUUACUUUAAGCACAGAACAUGUGCUGUGUAAAAUGGUGCGUUUAUCUUACUACAAUAAAACAAUUUUUUACCCGCUUAGUUGUUAGAAUAAAGCAC